CAAACACUCAUACAUUUACAGCUCAUACCUAAAAAUCUAUUACCCCCUGAAAGGAGGUUUCACUGCGGGACAGUUGGUUGAGGAGUGAGUAUAUAUAUAUAUCUGUAUUGUAGGUCAUAGCGUAUAUAACAUACACUCAAACAUAUAUUAUAAAACAGUAGUGCUGUUUAAUGGAGUACUACUCUCUCUCUAUCUCUCUAUACGUGUCUAUUGGCGAUACAUUUUUUUCUGUGUGUGUGUGAGUGUUAUCUAACCUAACCUAACGCUGUUAGAGGACAGCCGUUUUUUUGUGGUGAUGGUGUAGUCCAGUCUAAAGUUGUCCAUUAAAGCACAUUCAUAACGCACACAACUGUCCCGCGACAACAGUGUACUCCAUUAGGUUUUUUUUUGGAGGCCUUUACUACUAUUCCUAUUGCUAUCCUAAAUGGUGUUCCCAAUACUACUACUCACUCAGUGAACAGUUAAGCACUAGUAGUAUGUAAUAUAAAUGUAUAGUCGCUAUCAAAUAGUUGGCUCUCCAAUAGUUUGAGUGUUAGGUUUAAGUCUCUCAGCCAAAGGUGUUAUCCAUUUGGUAGUGAAAAGUAAUAAAACUCCCGUUUUUUUUGUCGGGAGGGGGAGUAAUGGCCGAUGAAGACAAAGAUCUGCAACAAUUGUUGGCUAUUGUCAACAAUAAAGACGACGAAGUAGUUGAUGGCCAUCGGAUUACUGAGGAAGAGAUCAAACAGGCACUCAAUUCGCCUUCAAUGGACCAACAGAUGAUGGCCUCGGAUGAUGACGACGACGGCGAUGAGGACAGUACCGAAUGCGACGAUUACGAGGUCAGUGCUGGUGGUGGCGGUGGCGGCUCUGGACGCGGCGGCAAUAGAGGCGACAGCAGCGGUAGUGGACACGGAAGCAAUCACGACAAUAGUAAUCAUCAUCAACACCACAGUUAUCGGGGCAGCGAUACCAGUGUCGACCAGUUUAUGAUUAUAGCCAGCGAUCAGUCAGCGGCUGCCGCUGGUUGUGGUGAUGGCGGUGCAUCGGCAACAGCUGCGUCAUCAUCGGAGAUUGCGGCCGUUCGGGCUAAGCCUGGAGAGUAUCAGUUCCAGAUGAUGGACCACCAUAUCUUCAAAGGCAAACACGGGAAGAAGCUCUACAAAUGCGACAUUUGUGGCGCCGUUUACCGACAUUCGUUCAGUUUGAAACGUCAUUUCAUUCGGUCGCAUAUCAACUAUGGCUAUCUGUGCGAAACCGAUGUCACCAAUUGCGGCAUCAAUCUGGCGGCCAGUGCUUCGCUACAACAGUGGCGCAAACAGUGCGCCUCACGACCACCGAAGCCGCCGCCCACCGACCUAUCCUAUCAUCCGAUGCCUGAGCUGUUCUGUUGUCAUUCGUGUGUAUUAUAUUUCGAUGACUUGCCAGCUGUCAAGUCUCAUGUGGACGACUGUCACCGAAAUACUAGUUCGGGAACCAUCGAACCGAUUCGCAUACCCUGUUCUCAGUGCAACAUGUCGUUCAUUCAGCGCCACAAUCUGGUCAGACAUGUCGAGGUCGUACAUCAGGGCAAACGGCUGUUCGGUUGUAAGCAUUGUAAUAAAAAGUUUCAGACAAUAGUCGACCGGAAACGACACGAAAAAAGUCAACACCCGAACCAACAGCAACGGCUUGAGGGCGACGAAGAAGAGUAUAAUGACGGACAUAAUCAAGUCGACGACGAAGAAGAAGAAGAUUGCCAAUUGGUGACAGAUUUAUCGUUGCAGAACAACAACAACAGCAACAGGUUUUCAACAGGUUUACCGCCGAAGACAACAACAAAAACAACUACAGUAACCGUAGUUUCCAAACAACAUACUGUUCCACAGCAUAAGUGUCUGCGCUGUACGCAACUGUUCCCGACGUACGCUGAGCUAAGAAAACAUGUGACCAAAAAGCAUAAAGAAUGUUACCAUCCGUGCGGAUUCUGUCACAAGUUUUUGUUUGUCAAAAAACAAUUGACACAACAUUUGCGUCAAAAACACCAGAAGACGUCCCGUGAAAAUACCGAAAAGUUGCGAACAAAACGAAAAGGUCUGAAAAGUCGCAACAAAUACAACAACAGCAGUCAAUCGGUGGCAAACAAUGCGCCAAUGGAUCUGUCGGUAAUCUACGGCUCGACAACUGUCAACAGCCAGAUGUCGCAGACAAACCAAUUUCAAGCCUACUUUCAUUGUUCCGUUUGUUAUCGACGAUUCCUGACGUACGGCAAACUUAUACAUCACAAACAAAUAGCACACCGGCCGACACCUGUCCGCAACUGUUCCCGAUUGACUACCGAAACCUACAUCGACCGCGAUCUAACCGAACCGCGCAGCAAUGCCUACGAAAUGGAAUUCUAUCGGACACUGGCCCAGAAAGUUGCCGAAAAUCUUCUGUAUUUUGUCGAUGGAAAAGGUAUGGCCGGUUCGUCACCAGAUCUUAGCCACAAAGUCAUACUCAAUCAUCAUUUUGGUCGCCACGACAACAGCACCGGAGCCGCCGCAGCUAAUAAUCGCGACAUUAAUCUCAGCGAAUAUAACUUUCCCGAAGACUUCCUAAACGAACGUUCGCCACCCGUGUCGGCCAAUACCGAAAAACUGGAGUAUCUUUUCGACUGCAAUCUGAAUAGAGUAGAGAAUCGCACAAAGUUUGGGCCGUUUGUUGUCGAAUCCAACGACGACAACGAUAACAAUAAUAACAACGACACAACUAAUUUGGUAUCAGUUGUUGAUCAGCAACAGCAACAACAACCACAACAAUUGCAAUCACAAAACAAGUCAUCAUUUAUUUGUACCGCUUGUCAUCAUAAGAUCUCAGCCGAUGUGAUGGCCGAUCACGAGUUAAAUAAUCAUCCGAAUGUCGAGUGCACAUACCUGGAGGUCGACGCCUUCAACGACAUUCCCGCACAGUUACUACUUUGGCAGUACCAUUGCGCUGAAGGUUUGCUACACAGGUGUCGUCCGGCACCGACACUGGCCAAAACUGGCGACUCCAUGGACAUCACUGACGUGGCCACAGUUGGCGACGGCACCGCCACCACCACAGCUUCCGGUGGCGAUGAUCACAACGCGACUAUGAAAUGUACAAAAUGUCAGCAAUCGUUCAGAACAGUAGGUCAACUGCACAAUCAUAUACUGGAGUGCGCUCACAAUAGGCCAUCCAAGAAGCGAAUCACAGCAACACAGGAACAGCAGACCAUUAUUAGUCAAUCAUCAUCGGUAUCAUCACAACAGCUGAUCUCAGCCAAUGUCAGCGCUACAACAGCAAUAACAACAACAUCAUUAUCGUCAUCAACAACAACACCUUCAACCACAACAGCAAACAUCAUCACUACCAACAACACCAGCAUUACUAGUUCAUCAAUGAUUAAUACUUCCAGUUCAACAACAACAACGAAUGAUUCGACUCUUACCGAAUGUAGCUUCUCGUCGAACGCCACCGAAAAGGUGACCACCGAUUAUUCGUCACCAUUGUCGCCGUCGAAGACCCGAUCGGGAAAACGACGACAAAUCAAUUCAGACGAAGUGCGACGUCCGAAACGCCGGCGCAGAUUAGCGAAGAAUGGCAACAACAAGACAACGCCGAAGAUCGAUGUCGAAGAGUUGUUGGUCCACAAGAAUAAGUCAAAUGAUAGCAAUAAUAACAACAACGAAAACAAUUCAAAAUGCGAUGAAAAAUCGCCAAAAGAAGUUGUCCGCGAUAUUACCGCCGACCGUACGGCAGCUGAUGUUGUUGUUGUCAAAGAUGAUAGCAAUUCGACGACAAAAGUCAUUGAAACCAGUCUUCCGAAACGAUACUCAUGCAAGAAGUGUACGAAAAAAUUUGUCUAUAAGGACACGCUAUCCAAACACGAGAUGUCCUGUAAGCGUGUCGUCAAAGACAGCGAUAAUAACACCAUCAACAAGAAGUUGAUAGCAACAUCACCAGCAAAGACAUUAACAACGACAUCACCAGCAAAGACAGCAACAAUGACAUCACCGAAAUCGGACAAUGAAUUCAAGCGAACACUGAGGAGUUCACAACAUCAGUCUAACAACAACAGUGGUGACCAGUCAAGCGUUGCCGACUCGCCGUCAAAAAGCAAUAAUACUAAUAAAACGGGCGGAAAAAUAGCGGAUGAGUUGAAUACGACAACAAGUCAACAACCAUUGAGUACAAAACACAACAAAUCUGAAUCAAACAAUAAAACUGAAGAUAUUCUCAAUGAAGACACAGAAGAAGAGGACAUGGAAUACGAGGACACAGUAGAACAACAACAACAUAAAGAAGUCAUACCUAUUAUCGAUGAGUCGACAGUAUCAGUUCCACCCGAUGAGGAAAGUCCAUCGCGCGCUAGUCGACAACAAAGCAAGUUGUCUUCAGUUGUCGCCACAUCUACGACCACAACAACAACAACCAUCACCGAUUCAGCAAUUGUCAGCACACCAUCAUCGGCAUCGUCAUCAUUAUCAUCAGCUAAUCAAUCGCUUCACGAGCAUCAAUGUCCAGAUUGUUUGCGUAUAUUCACUUAUUUGGCAAAUUUCAAGAAGCAUAUCACCAAUAUAUGUCCAAUUCGUAAGCAGCUUAACGAUGAAGAAAACGAUUUAGCCAUUAAUACUAAUUCAACACCACUACUGACCUCAACGCCUAUAUCUUCAUCGGCGGCGUCAUCAUCAACGGCAGCAACAACAACAAAAUUAGUCAACGAAUCGAUCAGUUUAUCUGCAGAUGAAACCAUUAAACAGGAGAAGAGUCAAGAAUCUGGUGGCGAUAGCAAAGAAAAUAACAGCAGUUCGAAGACUAUUGAGGACGACGACAACGACACCCGCAAAAGCACAGAAAUUAUCAUCAAUAAUGACAUCACCACUAAUGAUGAUAAUAAUAAUAAUAAAAGUGUUGUUACCGGUGGUAGUGGUGGCGGCGAUGAUGCGGCGGAAGACGAAGAAGUAUUGAUCGAAACCAGUAGUAGUGGUGGUGUUUCGUCUAAAGAUGAAAAGCUUGACUUAUGGCGCGUCAAACAAGAGAACCCGCAGUUUGCCUUCAAAGGGUCUCCAGCGCAACACCACUCAUGUCCAUACUGUCAGAGAGGGUUCACAUAUUUGGCUAAUUAUAGGAAACACAUCAAAAGUAUUUGUCCGAUUCGGCAACAGAUCGACGAAAAGAAGAAACAAAUCUUUGAGGACUCGGCCAACGGUGACGGCAGCCCAGGCGGCGGCGGCACAAAAUUGAAGGCCGAUUUGCCGCCGACACUGGUCUACACUCCAUCAUCAUUAUCAGUGAGAAGUCAAAUUGAGGACACAGUACUAACACUAUUACGGGAUCAGACAAAACAGGACCAGAUUUUGCAAACAUCGGAGGAAUUCAUUAAAUCUAAAGCCUCGAACACCACUGGACAACAAAAACAACAAUCGGGAGGAGACCAGAGCUGUACGAAUCCAAGUGAUGUCAAUCUAAAUCAGACGACAACCGACGAAACUCAGUCAAAACGGGUGGUUGACUCGUGUGGUGACACUACAACAGACAGAGACAGGAAUGACUCGUCGCCGUCGACCACAACACCAGCUAAGGGCUCAUCGUUUAGAUUUCGGACGUUUUCAUGCAGUAUAUGUCAUAAAAUAUUUCUAUCGUACGUAACAAUGCUUAAGCACCGACUGUCGCAUAAACUAUCGGACGGUUCGGCUAACUGUGUCAGUGAGGACAGCAAUAGUAGCGGCGGUGCUGUCGCUCUCAGUGGUGCCGAUAUGUCAGAGAAGUCUGACAACGAGUUGAUCGACAAAGAGGCGGCCAAUCAAGCUUUGGCUGUCAGUAUACUCAGCAGAUCAAAAGAUGUUUUGAUGAGCAAAAUGCGAAUCAAUUCCCAAAUCAAUAAGGAUGACAUUGGCGGUAGUGGUGGUGGUGGUGGUGGCACCGGUAAGAAUAUAACUACCGGUAUCACGAGAUCGGCGACAAAUAGCAAAGCGUUGAUUAAUACCACAGAAUUGUUGGAGAAGUUGGCUCGCGGUGGAGGCAUAAGUGAUAAAUUGGUCACAAAAUCGUUGUCGACGACGGCGGCGACUUCGGCGACAAAGAUCGUUAAAACACCCGAAGUCAUCACUAUUGAAACGAAUAAUAACGACUCUCAGGCCGUGAACCUACAUCUCAGAGCAUCGACAUCCGGUGGCAAUAGUCAUCUUCAUAAUAAUAAUAAUAACGAUGUUAUCAACAGUGGAAUCACUGAUUGUGUCAAUAAUAAUAAUGUCGAAGAGAUUAUCAUCGACUCUAACAGUCUAAAAGAUUUUGAGCUAAAUGUCCUCAAAGACGGUCUAAUUGUUACCCAAGAUCUCCAGCAAUUGAUUACUGUUAACAAUGACGGCCAAGUGGUGGCCGCUGUCGACGACGACCCGGACGGUACCAAAUGUCCCGAAGUGUUGCUUAAUUUGGAUGACAUUGAAAAUGCUAACGAAGUUUGGAUUACUAUCACUGACUCCAGUGCCUUAAUACAAGUGCCUCCUAAUCAUAAUAAUAAUACUAAUAAUACCAGUGCUUCCAAUUAAUAAAUUUAAUUA